AUGUCCAAACCACGACUCUCCUUGCAACAAAACAAGACCCAAAACAACACCGCCGCCACAAAAAUAAAUAUGAAUAUAAACACCGAUCAACCCCCACAGCUGGCUGUAGACUGGGAAUCCGAGCGGCAACUCGUCUCCUCACUCGCAAAGCUGCAAGAACUUGAAUCCAAGAUCCAUACCCUGCGCACCCUCCUUCCAAACCGCCUCCUCGCCCCUAUCAAUCCCAUCAUCAACGACCACCAGCAGCGAUCCAACGGCAGCAACAAUAACAACGCCCUCCCCCGAAACCCACAAGAUCUCAACGCACGCUUAACAAAGGCCGCCAUCAGUGGCGUCGCUGAAGUCGCCGAGCUGCGCGCACUAUGGCAGAGCCCCGAGACGUAUGCGAUUUGGGCGCGUUUGACGCAGAAGAUGAAGGAAGGAAACGGCGCGUUUCCGCAGCCGUCAGGCAUGUGGGAGCGGGAUUAUGCGGAGUUGUUGAAAGAAUUAGAGGCAGAAGACAAAAGCUUAAGAAAGGAUGGUGAUGACGACGAUGAUAAUAAUAAUAAUAAAGGAGAGGGUUUGGAGAGAGGGCAGCAGAGUGAUAUUACAGGAUGGAAAGCAAUCGUCGAGUCGUUCCAGCAACGACAACUUCCGCAUUUCCGUAUCGCAACGAGCAAAACAUCGUCAAGUGUGCUGCUCGUUCAUCUCGGUCUUGCGGGCAUUGCUUUUGAGCUUGAGCAGGCUGCCGCCACUUCCAGUUCUGAUAGUUCGACAGCAGAAUGGCGCGUUUCGACGCAUUCGUCCUCUUCCUCGCGACCAGUCUCGCGCCUCGAAACAGCCAUUGUACAGCAACUCAAUGCGCGACAAAGGAAAUGGGAUUUGCGGUAUUUACUGGUUUGUCCUCUAUUCUAUAUUCUACGGGCGGGAAAAAAGCUAACAAGUCAGGAAAUGAUCCUCGCAUACUCUGAUAUCAGACGCUCGCCGUGCAAAAAGUGUAAUAUGAUGACCGAUUCGCAGGCGCAGUUACCGAUUGUGCGGCGGGCGGUGGAUUCUGAUGCUGUUGAUAAUAAAAAUAAUAUGAACGAGGGGAAAGUCGAAACAAUGGCUAUCUUCAAGACUGCCAUCUCUUUGGCCGGCCUCUCGGCCAUCGCCGCCGCUCUCCCAGCUACUCCGGCCAGCCAGGGCUUCUCUCUUAACCAGGUCGCCGUCCCCAAGACCGUCGCCCGCCACCCUGCUGCUCACCUUGCCAAAGCUUACUCCAAGUAUGGAGCUGCAGUUCCCAACCACGUUGCUGCCGCUGCUGCCGCCACUGGUUCGGUCGUCACUACUCCUGGCGAGGAUGAGGCCCUGUACAUCACCAAGAUCACUGUUGGAAGUGACACUCUCAACAUUGAUAUCGACACUGGCUCUGCCGACCUUUGGGCUUUCUCUUCCCUGACCCCCGCCUCCGAGCGCAAGGGCCACAACUACUACACCCCCGGCGACAACGCCGAGAAGGUCUCUGGAGCCUCCUGGGACAUCAGCUACGGCGAUGGCAGCUCUGCCAGCGGUGACGUCUACAAAGACACUGUCAAGGUCGGCGGUGUCUCCUUCGACAAGCAGGCCAUCGAGGUCGCCACCAAGGCCAGCAGCUCGUUCACUGACGACACCGCGAUCGAUGGUCUUCUCGGCCUUGCUUUCAGCAGCAUCAACACUGUUAGCCCCAGCCCUGAGAAGACUUUCUUUGACAAUAUCAAGGACUCCCUGAGCAAGCCCAUCUUCGGUGUUUUGCUCAAGCACGGAGCGCCCGGUGUGUACGACUUUGGAUUCGCCGAUGACUCCAAGUACACUGGUGACAUCGCCUACACUGAUGUCGACGACUCUGAGGGUUUCUGGUCCUUCACUGCCGAUGGAUACUCCAUUGGCUCGUCCAGCGAGGAGGCCGUCUUUGCCUCUGAGUCUCUCACCGGUAUUGCUGACACCGGUACCACUCUGCUCCUCCUCGACGACACCGUUGUCGACGCCUACUACAAGAAGGUUGAUGGUGCCAAGUACGACUCGACCCAGGGUGGUUACGUUUUCCCCAGCAGCACCACUCCCCCCGAUCUGUCCUUCAAGAUUGGUGACUACACCGCUACCAUUCCCGGAGAGUACAUUGGCUUUGCCGCUGUUGACUCCAGCAACACCUACGGUGGUCUCCAGUCCAACUCUGGCAUCGGUCUGUCCAUCUUCGGUGACAUUUUCCUCAAGAGCCAGUACGUUGUGUUCGACUCUGAGGGUCCCCAGAUUGGAUUCGCUGCCCAGAAGUAA